AGGCUCCGGACGUGCAGGCUCAGCGGCCAUGGCUCAUGGGCCCAGCCGCUCUGCGGCAUGUGGGACCCUCCCGUACCGGGGCAUGAACCCGCGUCCCCUGCAUCGGCAGGCGGACUCUCAACCACUGCGCCACCAGGGAAGCCCCCAGCCACCCAUUUUAUCACCCAAUCAGCCCCGGACAUCCGAAAGAAAUUAAAACGGGCAGAAGACGGCCCUCAAAGCCCUAUUCGAGAUCUGGUAAAGAUGGCCUGUAAAGUCUACAAUGGCCAUGAGGAUUUGGCAGAAUCCAGCCGACAGGCUCGGAUGCACCAGAAGGUGGCCCUCCAAACCCAAGCUCUUGUAGCCGCCCUAAGGCCGACCAUCUCCCAUGGAUCACAGCAUCCACGGGGUCCGCAAAAGGCAACCCCACUGGGGGCCUGCUUCAAAUGCGGAAAAGAAGGCCACUGGGCUCGCCAAUGUCCCAAUUCUCGACCUCCUUCUAAGCCCUGUCCCAGCUGCGGGCUAACGGGCCACUGGAAGAGUGACUGCCCUACGACUGGCCCUCCCUCAGCGUCUCCACGCGGGGGUGGGGGGGGCAGGCCGACCCAACGGCAUUACCAUUCGAACUGCUGGGAUUGGCUGACGACUGACGGCGCCCGGACUCCCAGACCCCCAUCACCCUCGCCGAGCCCAGGGUAACGCUACAGGUAGCGGGUUGGAUCGAGGCCUAUCCAACAACUCGAGAAAUGGCAGACACAGUCGCCACCAUCCUGCUUCAGCACAUCAUCCCCCGAUUUGGUCUGCCGGUAUCCAUUCAGUCGGAUAACGGACCCACCUUUGUCUCUCAGGUGGUUCAACAGCCCGGCGAUAGCGUCCUCCUCAAAGAAUUACACCCUCAAUCUCUCAAGCCACGGUGGACAGGCCCCCAUACGGUGAUCCUCACAACUCCCAUGGCAGCUAAACUCUUGGGACACCCCUCCUGGUACCAUGUCUCCCGCCUUAAAAUGGCCCCAACUCCAGAGACUUGGACAGCCCUACCGCUGGGUCCCACGAGACUACGGCUUGUCCGUCACCCUGUCUCUCCUCCUGCUCCUCCUCCUGCCACCCAGGACUCACCAGAUUUCCCUAUGGCGCUUCCAUGUCCACGGGACAUGGCAAGCUAAAGGUCGGACCCACGCUCGAGUCCUGGGCACGGGAGACUGCCAACCAGAUGGGUGCCAGGCCCUGGUAACAGUCCAGAUCCCCAUCUCUAACAUAGAAGGUGUUCUCCUGGGAUGGUCCACCCCCGCUGUCUGCUUCACUUACGAUCAGACCUGAGACUACUGUCAAUGGUGGGAUGAGACCUAUGGAGGGUGCCCCCAUCACUCAUGUAACAUCCAUGUGGCAAAACUAGAUACCAGGAGCUCGCUCCGACAAUCCCACCUGCUCACCACAAAUGGCAAGGGUCAAUUAUUCAUCAACAUCAAAGAUCCCUGGGACACAAGAUGGGUAAAAGGGGUACAAGGAAAAAUCUACUGAUGGGCAACUGAUGCCUACCCCGUGGGCUCUAUCAGGGUCUUUCGCUCAUAUAUCAGUUUGAUUCCCAAAGUUAUCCAACAGUUGAGAGAACAAGCCACUGCCAUCCAGGAAACAGAACAAGCCCUAAGACACCAACUACCUCACCCCGAACACAAAGAGGAUCCUUUUUCUUGAUUGACCCUCGACCGUCAAGCAGUACAGAUACUCAACCACACAGGAAUAGGUAACAUCUCCGACUGCCUUCUAUGUGCCUCGCUUGGCCGGCCACCCUUGGCUGCUGUCCCACUUGACCAGCCCUUCAAUUCUACUUCCUACACCUCCCAAAACCCACUUUUUUCCCAGUUAAAAGUCCCCAUAUUCCUUGAUUCAAAAAAUCUCACCAUCUGUUACGGCAGCCGCCCAAAUCUAGCUGAUACUGGGUUUCUUUGCAACUCAUCCCUCACGGUAAACACAUCAAUUGAAGCACCACCAGGCAUGUUUUUGUGGUGCAAUGGUUCCCUCACAAAAGAGAUCAAUUCUUCCUCCCCCUUCCCAUGUAUCCCCGUUACUCUUGUCCCACAACUCACACUGUAUAGCCAAGACGAAUUUUCCUCGCUAAUCACGCCGCCCUUUACCCGACAGAAAAGAGCUAUCUUUCUUCCUCUGGUCGCAGGCAUCUCUCUCGCCUCCUCCCUGGUCGCUGCAGGCCUCGGGGGCGGGGGGGGGGAGCUCUAACACAUAGUGCUUCAACAUCCCGCGACUUAGAACAUAAACUCCAGCUAGCCAUUGAAGACUCCGCCGCCUCCAUCUCCUCUCUCCAGCGCCAAAUCACCUCCAUAGCCCGAGUCGCUCUCCAGAAUCGACGAGCCCUGGAUCUCCUGAUGGCCGACAAAGGAGGUACCUGCCUCUUCCUACAGGAGGAAUGCUGCUAUUACAUCAAUGAAACAGGACUCUUCGAAGACAACGUAAACGCCCUCCAUCGCUUAAGAGAAGAACUCCAACGCAAACACCAACAGUCCGCCUCCCCAGUUCCCGAUUGGUGGCGAUCCACCCUCUAUACCUGGCCAACACCAAUCUUAGGCCCCUUAAUUCUCAUCUGCAUCUUGCUCAUGUUUGCCCCCUGCUUUCUUAGGUUCCUUCGCAGGCGCAUGGAGGAAGUCUCUCGGGUGGCCACAAACCAAAUGCUCCUUGGUCCUUGCACCUUGCUUCCUACAGAACCCCCCACUGGUCUCCCCUAAGCCUCGGACCUCUGGUUGCCCGACUCCCCUUUCUACGCCCCCAUUCAGCAUGAAGUAGCCAGAGAUCAGAACGCCGCCCCAUUACACCAAAGAUGUCGGGAUGUAAGGCCAACUGGCCCGAGGCAGGGGAACGCAAAAACUCUCCGGACCACCCAGUUCCAGAAACUGACCUGGAGACUUUCCGGACCACCCAGUUCCAGGAACUGACCUGGGAACCUUCCACCCGGCCCAGCCUUCCCUCCUUUCGAGGGGCGGAACUAGCGGUCCCAAGACUGGUGUAACCGGCACCAGAUAUUGCCACGAUACCCGAAGAGACCACCAAAUAAGGAAUACCCUGCGCCCUCCCAGAUUCACCACACCCCUUUCCCUUCUUCCCCUAUAAAAUCUUGCCCAACCCUCGCCCGGGUGCGACUUCUCUGGCCCCUUUCUCUCGGACCAGUGAACCUCGCCCGGGAGCGCCCCCUAAUAAAGCUCACUUGAAGCUUUCCUCUGUUUCGAGGUACCGUUUGUUAAGAUCCGACCUUACAACUUCCAUAAAGACUCACAGCCCACCUGAAGAAAAAGACCCUCACAGCCCAGGUUGCUGGGACCAUGUGUUCCUGAAUAUUCUCGGAAGUAAACAAGAAACAAAUGAGUUUCUCAAAUUGGUGGGGCAGCAAGCUGGCUCUGGGAAUGAGCCCCAUUUAUCAAGCAGAAGAGUAAACAGCAGAAAAAAAGAUGAAACCAAAAAUAUUAUAAGCCCCCCCCAAUGGAAAAUAAUGUUCAUUCAUCAAUUCCCAUUGGAUGUAUUACAUGCUCUAAUUUAUUAUAUUAUUAUUUUGUCUGUUUCUUUAAUCUUUGCCCAUUGUACUUUUUAAAAGAUGUUGGGAUGUUGACUGCAAUUUUUUAAGACUAGAUAAUGUAUAAAUCAGCUGUGGAAAUCAGUUUUAAUU